UUUCUUAACCUCCUGAAAUGAAAAACGAGGUAAAUUUAUUUAGGAUUGCUAUAUUUUAUUCAUGAUGUUUGACUGAGUACUGGGUACAAGUUGCAUUUACAGGAUACAUAGUAAAACUCAGUAGCACAAGCAGUGAAGAGUCAUCAAGUCCACGAAGUGACUCACUAAUGUAAAGUGAACAGUUAUAUCUGUUUAAGGUUUGCCAACAUUAGCCACCAAAGGGUAAAGGUCAUACAAAGUGAGGCUGUGUUGCAGCAGAACCCUCGAGUGUCUUUUGGCUUAUUUCACUUUCCAUUUAAAUGAGCGAGAAUGUUAAAUUUGGUUUCAAAGUUCCACUUAAAACUUUAGAAAUCCUCCCAUUGAUGGUUGUUCGCACCAGCAAAACAUAACUCAAAAUGCAAAUAUGUGUGUAUGUGAUACGAUACUCAGAAGGAUUUAGAGGUUGACUGACUUUAUCUCCUUGGGGGAGAACUGCGAAACAAAAAGUACUGUGAAAGAGUGAAAGUCACAUGACACCUGAACACACAGACAUGCUACACUAAUUUGUAUUAAUCUAUGAUGUCCAUAACUAAUUAACAUCCAUAAACCAUGCACUUACAAAUCUUGUCCAGAACUUGCCAGAACUUGAAAUUGUCUAAUAUUUCUAUUUAUUUAACAAUACAUUUUAUUAUAUUAUUGAAUUUAAUAAACUUAGAAAGCAUCACAUUAAUGUUGUCAUGAGCCACCUUUGUAUGUUACUCAUUGAUUUCCAUGAUGGUGGACAUGAAGAACUUAACAUGAAUGUAUUCAUAUUUAAAGAGUAAACAGUGUUUCUUUCUUCACUUCAGUCUGUCCAUCUUGCGGUCCUUGUGUCAUGUCUCACUCUGUCAGCUGGCAGCUUUUAAGUCUUGACAUUCAUCGGUUAGUUUGAGUCUUCUAAGUUACUAGUACUGAGUCCAAAUUUAAAACAGUGCAUAUUAAUUGGCUAAGACUCCAUUACAACCAAUCCUGGGUCUGAAUGGGUUGAAUCAAUGAGUUGUUACAGUAGGUUUAGAUCCAAAUAUCAGAGGGACACUGUGGACAUUGUUCUGUGAAGUACAAUCAUAUUUGGUUAAACAGAUGAUGAGAUCACGAGAUGCAGCGGAUGAAGAAUAACUCUGAAUGUUAGUUUGCACUCUUGCUCUCCAUCUCAUGGAGGAAAAAAAAGAAUCCUCAUUUUAAAAUGCAAAUAUUUCUAAUAAUGUUCUAGAAAGCAGAAGCUGACAGACCCGAGAGACAGAACGUGUGGUGGCAGAACGUAUGAUGCCAUAACGAAGAAAGACAGAGAAAAGUAGCUCAAUAUUUGAUGCCAAGUGGUAUUUAAACUGGCAAAAAGACAGACAAUGGAGACAAUGAGAUUGUCACUGAAAUUCAUCAUUUAUUUAAUGACAGGUGGUGUGAGAUUAUCUGUCUCAGGAAACCAAGGAGGACAUGUUGACUUAAACUACUGGGAUGACAUUACAUCAGUGGCAAUACACCACAGUACUGGACAGACUGUCCGAAUUGAGUGCACCUAUCCAAACCACCAUGAGAACAAUGAGAAAUACCUGUGUAAGGGGAGGAACCCUUUCAACUGUAAUCGGCUGAUACAGACAACGGAGCAGGAGAGAGAUGUGGUUAAUGGCAGAUUUCAUAUCAGGGAUAACAGAAGGAAGAAGUACUUCUAUGUGAACAUCAACAAUCUGAGCACAGACGACGCCGGGUGCUACUGGUGUGGCUCCAGCAGGACGGGGCAGCGAGCUGGAUACACCAAACUCCUCCUCUCUGUAGCUGAUAGACACAUCACAAUCAGAAGAUCAGACCCUCCAGCUCUGCAGGCAACCGAGUCAUCUACAACCCGUAAAGUUCUCCAUUCAGAUCUGAUUGCCAUUGUGGUAGUGGCUCUGGCGUUGUUACUGAUACUUGUGCUUGUAUUUAUACUGUGCAGACACAGACUCCCCAGGACACAAGUGUGUUGUGCCGCAGGGGGAUCAUUAGAGCAGAGGACAAACGAUGAACACGACACAGAGGAAAAUCAUGGUGAUCACCACUAUGAUGAGAUACAGAUGCUGAACCAGCAGGCGAGCUCAGGAGACGCACUGAUGUCUGUUUAUGCAACUGUUGACGCUCCCACGGACCAGCUCCACUAUGCCAGCAUUAGUUUCCAGAGGGACCGUCAUGGGGGGAGGGGGAGGGGGAGUAGCUUAAAUGUAGCUUAAACAAGUAGUUUAAGCUACAUUUUUGACUGAUGGACCCUAUAAUUUUGAAUAAAUAGUUAGCUAAUUAUUAUACCUGUUCAUUCAUUAUUAUGCGGUGUAGCUAAUGAUGUGACUUAUUAAUGUAAAUGUGCUCUGAAUAUGAGGAUAUAUAUUUGGUUUGUGUCAGCCAUUGCGAGUGAAUCUUCGGACACUAAUUCUCGUAUUUUGAAACCAAUGCUGGUGGUUGCUAUUGUUUUUAACUUCUUCUGUGAACAAACAUAAUGAAGUGACAUGAAACAUCCAGUUUCACCACUUUCAGUUCAUGAUCCAUUAAAGCUCAUGAGUGAUGAACGGCCAGUGGACAUCAUAUUUGUCUUAAAUACAGAACAUCUCGUGCAUGUGAACACGUGUCACCGCGACCUUGUGUUGCUUUGCAGCGCCCUCCUCUGGUUGAUCAGGGGAUCAGCAGGUGGUUGGCUGGUGUGACGACUCUCAAGCGUCAGUUGUCACAAAAUAUGUUCAAUAUCCACAAUGACCUCCACCUGUUACAGAA